AUUAUUUUAUAUACUUCCAGUAGAUAGACUGAUUUGGUAUUGACUUCAUAGCACAUAAACAUGUAUUCUCUUGGAAAAAGAUAUGAUACAUGGAAUCUAGAUAUGAAGCCUACGCCGAUAUUCGUCUUACAGGUAUUGAUUGCCGUCUCUUACAUCACCAGAACAUCUGGACACGGAUGUACCAUAACGAAACAUUCUACAGACGCGGACUGUACCGGUCUAGGUCUGAAAUCAAUCCCUAGGGACCUUCCUCCUACCUUGGUCCAUCUCGAUGUAUCUGACAACCCUAUCGAAGUGUUACGGAAUGGAUCCUUUAAACAUCUCUUCCACCUAGACUCGUUAUCUCUAGAGAACUGCUCUAUGACAAAACUUGAGUCACAAGCGUUUCAGGGACUUAACAAUCUCAGCGUUUUGGAUUUGGAUUUAAAUAGUUUCAAUUCAGACUCAUUUUCACCAGGAGUAUUUCAACCACUAAGGAACUUAGAAUCAAUUUCAUUAGAUGGAUGUGUUUUUUCGUAUGUCACUACAGAAAUAAAUCGCUUAACAAAAUUGGUCAAAUUAGUAGUUCAAUCUCCGGAUACAUUGACUCCGGGAAUGUGUACUUUAGGUAAUCUAAAAAGAUUAGAUGUGAUAAUACAUAGUACAAUACUGAACGGAACAUUUCACUGGUUUAGAAAUACACCCAUCGAGCAGCUGACUGUGUCAUUUAUCACUGAAAAAGAUGCAGGGCACAUUGAGAAUGGAUUCUUAACAGUGUUUCCUAAUAUCACGAGUUUGUCUGUUCAAGGAUACUAUUUAAUGCCAGUUACAGCCAUAAUGAAGAUACUGGAACCAUUACGUGAUAGGAAAAUGGAUUUCAUUGGACUUACACAUAUCUUUCUGAACCUUCUUCCUCCGAUUCCUCUAACAAACGUUUCAAUCAAACCCAUUGCUGACAUCUGUGUACGACAUUUAGAUUUAAGUCACAACCAAAUCGGAUAUAUACAGAGAGGUGUGUUUUCAUACCUGAAAUAUCCUCAUUGCCUUGAAAGUAUCAAUCUAUCAUUUAAUCAAAUAUUCGCUCAAUCAAUACGUUUUCCUUGACUGGCUGCCUCUCCCGUCUCUGAAAUUUCUAGACUUGUCCUCCCAAGUGAUUCCCGGAAAAAUCCGUUCGGUCACGAGAACAAAGAAAAUUUUUGACAAUCAUACGUCUGCAGGCAUUCUUAGAACACUUAGUUCCCCUUCCGAGAAUUUCCGAUACACGAUUGAUGUUUAUGUACCACCAUCUUUAGAAAUAGUGAAUGCAUCAAAUUUUUUGACUAAAAAUGCAGACAUACACACCGUUUUAAUGGUUCAGGAUAAUGUUUUGAAAGUGGUCGAUAUAUCAGGCACAAAUUUGGCUACCUCGUGUAGACAAAUUUUUGCAGGAUUGUAUAAAUUAAAACACCUCAAUGUGUCACGUUUACAAUGUUCUUCUUUGUCAAAGGAUUUUUUCCGUAAUUACACUAGCUUGGAAGAACUUGUGUUCAGGAGUUCUCACCUUGAUGUCGGCCUCACUGAUGAGGUUUCCAUUGGCCUAUUGAGAGGUCUACCACUAUUGAAAUACGUAGAUUUGUCUGGAAAUAAGUUGAUUAAUGUGCAUGACAGGCUCUUCACUUCUCAAAGAAACGUUCUCAAAAGUCUAACACUUGCUGAUAAUCGGUUAACCUGUGUUCCUAACACCAUCAAAUAUCUUACGAAUCUCUCAGCUCUUGAUAUAACAUCAAAUUUGAUAUCAUCAUUAGAGGAUCAUGAACGUUUGGUGUUGGAAAACCAUCGUCUAAAAUGUCCUAACUUUAAACUUUUACUGAAGGGAAACCCUUUUGAGUGUAGCUGUCAAACUGUCAACUUUAUCGAGUGGAUAUAUACAACAAAACUUUCCCUGGAUGAUCCAAGGAACUACAUGUGUACCGACCGAACUGGUGUUAGUAUGAAGAUGGUAUUUUUCUAUAACAAUUUACCUGCAUUUAGGGAGACAUGCGUAGACAGGACAUGGCUUAUUUUCUCAAUAUGUGCGUCAAUCUUGUUUGUCCUUGUGUUGGUUACCGUCGCGGUGGGAUACCGGUACAGAGUUUCCAUUAACUACUGUUGCCUGGUGAUCCGCAGACGAUACCGAGGAUAUCACAAUAUAGAAGGGGACACAACUCAAUAUAAAUACGAUGCUUUUGUAGCCUACAACUUUGACUACAGAUUUGUUUGUAAUGAUUUACACGAACAUAUCGAAAAUGUGAUGAAUUUAAAACUGUGUUUACACCAUCGCGACUUUCAGCCAGCUGUCGACAUAACCGACAACAUUAUGGACGCUAUCAGUGAAAGUAAAUGGAUCAUCAUCGUAAUUACAAAGAGUUUUCUUUCAAGCACGUGGGGACAGUUUGAAUUGGAAAUGUCCAGGAGACAUAUGUUUCAGAGAAACAGCUCCAACUUGAUAGUGAUCAUACUUGACGACAUAGACAAAGUUAAAAUGCCGAGGACGUUAUACAGAAUUUAUAACCAGAUCACUUGCUUAGAACAUCCUGGGCGAGAGACAUACUUACAAUGGAAGGACAAAGAUUAUGAUGUUGAAGAUGCUCAUUUAUUCUGGGCCUAUUUGAAAAACACUUUAUUGGCUUAGAAUAUGUUCUUAAAUGAGACUUUGUUUACGAAUUCAACAAACAAAUAUGUUUUUAUCUAUAAUGGAAAGAGCUACUUCGCUUGUGUUAUGCCGGUUGGUUUAUACAAUUAAAUCUAAAUAAUCAUCUUUGUUGUGAUAUAUCUUGUUGUAACAACUAUAUAUGAUCAUGCAUGUAUCGAUAUGUUAGUUGUACCAUAACUGUCAAAUGAAACAAUGAAAUGUUCGUUCCUUUAUUGUUUAAGGAAUUUCACUCUUGACUGUCAUUGAAACAUCAUUUCACUGUUAAUUUGUGUUGUUGUUUUGAGCCUACUAAAUUGGCAAUCAUUGGUGAUCAGGACAUGAUGUUUAGUUAUUGAAUAAUUAUGAGCAGAAAAUAAGUUUACCGUUAUGUGUUAUCGGAUAAUCUCAUAUAGUCCGGCUGAGGCAUAUUUUUUCUCGUGAAAAUUGUUCAGCAUCAUGAUAUAAUAUCAAAUCUGACAUUAAUAUUUCAGUUAAUCUCUCGUCCAGGCUUUAGUUUAUCUCGGUAAACACGUCCGUAUUUACCGAAAGCAAUCAUUGAUUAUCUUUUCGGAACCUCUUUAGGGUUAUCUGCUUACUAUCUACUAGGUUUUCUCGUAUUUUAUCGAUGCUUAUAUGGUGGCGCGGGAGGUCUCUCGUACCUGAAUUCUUAAGAGAUUUCCUAACAACAAUGGAGAUACACCCCUCUAAAAUAUUACGAGAAAUCUCAUGGGCCGUUCACUUUGUUAGCUAUACAACCUUUUCCUAUCAGUAAAGCUUUGAAAUUGUAAGAGGUCAGUAUACUGACCCCAUAAGGAACCAAUAACACUAUCAUUAUGUGUCUGGUCGUUGAUAUACGAGGAAUAACCAGUUCAGAAUAUUAGCUCGAAUUGUCUGAUUUUCCCAAAAAGAACCAUGAAUUGUGGUAUGGUUAUCAGAGUGUCCUGUCGUAGUUAGGUGACAAGCACUUGACAAAAAUGUAUCAAUUGUUUGGGUUUGGAACACUAUCUUGAACAUAUUUCAGCUAUGAUCCAGACUGUGUGUUUAUGUGAAAACCACUUCCUACUGGUUAUCCGGGAUAUUUGCGUUGGGAAAUCCCCUCUGAUUGUAUUUUCCGAUGUUUUCUGAUUGGCUGAUAUUUUUGGGUUGUGGUUAUAAUCACCUCACCUGUUCAUCACUUUACGCCCGGGUAUUGGUCUACCUAGCGUCACAAGUAACACACUGUACUGUCAUUUUGAGGCAAAUAAUUAAAUAUAGCUAUACAGUCAUGUAUUUUAGUAUUUAGUCUAGCAGGGGCUUACAUGUAUCUGGCCAGCUCGUCUUUCUCUGUUAUAGGGUCAGGUUUGUAGGAUUACAUUUCAGCGCGUUAGACCUCUAACUUAUCCGGCUUACCGGGUCGUCUUUCUUCCUUAUAGGUUUGUUAAAUUUGGGGUAUUUUGUGUACAUUUAUACGAAGAGAGGUGCAGAGGUGAAUGUAUUAUGUAUUGGCCGGACAGACGGUUUAAUGACAUACGCAUUUAGUGCAUAUUUUGUCAUCGUAUUUCAUCUGAUCAUCACUAUCACAAACUGAAAGUAAAGAAAAACUAAACUUUA